GAGCUAGUGUAAAGCUCACGCAGACAGACACACGGAAAACGAGCUUCGAGAAGAUUCCGUGGAUUUUUAUGGCUGUUCGGGGGACAUUUGGACAAUUAGUCCGAGUCUUUAGACCAGGCUGUUUGUAAUAACGCAGUAUCUCUCUCUCACAUCCUAAUCAUCCGGAUACAGAUCCACGUGUUUCGGAUACACGUGUCGAAGCCCGACCUCCUGCUCGGCCACGUUUACUUUUCUCUCCGUCGUUCCUUCUCUCGGCUCUAUUUCGGCUGUUGUUUUAUGUGUGUGUCUGAACCCGGCCCUUUUUUUUCCUGACACGGAGAGAUUCUGAUGAAUGUUGGACUUGUUUUUUAUUAUAAAAAGCGUCCAGAGGGAAAAGGCUGUAGUUAAAACACCACAAAGGCUCCUGUGUGCCAGACAGCUGCUCUCACGUAGGCUUGCCAUCGCACUACAAUGACCGCUGUGGCUGUAGGCUCCCUGCAGUAAGCACUUAAAGGUUAUGCUGUCCGAAACCUCCCAGAGUCUGAGCAAAAGAGAAAAAGGCUAACGCACAAACGUAAAGACGCACACAGCACACCAAGCCAUGGGCGACUCUCAGGACAUUGGAGACACCACUGCCACUGCAGGACUGGCUGGACAUUUUCCGGCUGCCGUGCCUCUUUCUCCACGUCGGCACGGUGACGACAUCGACGACGAAGACGAUGGUGACCUGAACAAGACUCUGGGAGUGCAGCGCUUCCAACAGAUCCUCUCCCCAGCACAGCGGCUACCUGCCGAGCAGCACCGCACCUUCAACCAGGAGGAUUUAGAAGGCCAUCGUCACUUACCCCUGCAUAUCCACCACCCACUAUCCAAACGGCUGCCGUCUGAGAGCCGGGGGAAGAAGAGCGGGCGCAAGAGGAGGUGCGGGGGGAGGAGGAGGGGCUCGGCUAGCAGUGGCGGAGCUCCCACUAUAGAGGAGGAUGAGCAAGAGGAGGAAGUAGAGGAGGACCAGUGUAGCCCACAGGAUGGAGACGGGAACGCCACCACACCUACACCUGACAACGAUCCGGACGCUCAGGCAGAGCCAGUGCAGUUCUUUGUGUGUGAUGAGGACUCCAAUGGCACUGCUGUGGUCAAAAAUAACCUGGGCAUUUCAGCUCGAUUGCUGUCUAUCGUCCCCGAGUCAGCCCUACACAAGAGCAACAGUAGCCCAGAGGACGCCACUACAACAGACAUCAUCGACGGCGUUCACGUCCAGGCCAACGGCAGGAGGACAUCUGUUCCGUCACUCAUGUCUCCUGAUGCCAGCUCCAGGUUGGCGCGCAGCUACGACCUGCAGGAGCGCCGGCGUACUGGAGAUGUCACUGCCACCGAGCUGGCUCACUAUCAACACAUGCCGACUGACGAGAGCGAGGCACAGAUGUUGGCCACCGUCGACUUGGAUGGCAUGAAGAGUCACCGCUUUGAAGAUGUCCCUGGUGUGCGGCGUCACCUGGUCCGGAAGUGCAGCAAGGGGCAGGUGGUGCACAUCAGCAAGGACCACAAAGAGCCGAGCGGCCGCUGCCGCAAGCUGGACAGAACCCCGCACGAGGUUUUUGUGGAGCUGAAUGAGCUGGUGAUGGAUAAGAAUCAGGAGAUGCAGUGGAGAGAGACGGCUCGCUGGAUCAAGUUUGAGGAGGAUGUGGAGGAGGAAACGGACCGCUGGGGAAAACCACACGUCGCUUCGCUGUCAUUCCGCAGCCUGCUGGAGCUGCGUAGGACCAUCUCACAUGGUGUCGUGCUGCUGGACCUGGACCAGAGGACACUGCCUGGCAUCGCACAUCAGGUGGUGGAGCAGAUGAUCAUCUCCGACCAGAUCCGAGCAGAAGACCGAGCCAACGUGCUCCGAGCAUUGCUGCUCAAACACAGUCACCCGAGUGAUGGGAAGGAGCACAGUUCAUUCCACAGGAACAUCUCGGCAGCCAGCCUUACCUCACUGCUGCCUCAUCACCAUAGCAACAACCACGUCGCCCCUCCAGAACCUACUGCCGCUGACCCGCUCAUAGCAGGAAGCACCGAUUCGGACUCCCAGCCCUGUGCCGACAUCGACAAGAACGAGAAAGAUAUUCCUCUAGUGCUGGGCUUGCACAAAUCCAAAUCAAAGCAUGAGUUCAAGCUUCUGGAGAAGAUCCCAGAAAACGCCGAGGCCACCGUCGUGCUUGUGGGCCGGGUGGACUUCCUGGACCAGCCGUCUAUGGCUUUUGUGCGUCUGCAGGAGGCGGUGCUGCUGGAGUCGGUGCUGGAGGUGCCAAUACCAGUGCGCUUCUUAUUCGUCCUCCUCGGCCCACCCAUCGCAAACAUGGACUACCAUCAGAUCGGUCGCUCCAUAUCAACCCUGAUGUCUGACAAACAAUUUCACGAGGCUGCGUAUUCAGCAGACGAGCGCAGUGACCUGCUCACAGCCAUUAACAGCUUUCUGGACUGCAGCAUCGUGCUUCCUCCGUCAGAGGUCGGAGGCGACGAGCUGCUGUACUCUGUGGCACGGUUCCAGCGAGAGAUGCUGCGCAAGAGACACGAGCAAGAGGUCAAAUUACAGGCCAAGGAACCUAAGAGGCCAGAGGAUGAGGCUCUUUUGCCCCCAGAUAAACCUGUAGACGACCCCCUGAGGAGGACAGGACGCCCGUUUGGUGGGGCCAUACGAGACGCACGCAACCGUUACCCCAAAUACCUCAGUGACUUUAAGGAUGCCCUCAACCCUCAGUGCAUGGCUGCUGUCAUAUUCAUUUACUUUGCUGCCCUCUCUCCUGCCAUUACCUUUGGAGGACUGUUGGGUGAUAAGACCGAGGGCUUAAUGGGCGUGUCGGAGUUAAUCGUUGCCACUGCAGUCCAGGGGAUUUUGUUUUGUCUGCUUGGAGCUCAGCCGCUCCUAGUGGUUGGUUUUUCUGGACCUUUGUUAGUGUUUGAAGAAGCAUUCUAUUCGUUCUGCACAUCCUACGGAAUGGAGUACCUGACGGGACGGGUGUGGAUCGGGUUUUGGCUGGUGAUUAUCGUGGUGGUCAUGGUGGCCUUUGAGGGAAGCUUCUUGGUGCGUUUCGUUUCCCGUUUCACGCAAGAGAUCUUCUCCUUUCUCAUCUCACUCAUCUUCAUCUAUGAGACAUUUGCAAAGCUUGCCAAGAUCUUCAGAGAUCAUCCUCUCACCUCUUGCAACAGUACUACAGAAAAUGACACUACCCCAGAGUUACUGGGCAACUCCAGCACAACCCGAAACUUAGCCGUGAAAGAACUGAACCAGCCCAAUACGGCCCUGCUGUCCCUGGUGCUCAUGUCCGGAACCUUCUUCAUUGCCUUCUACCUGCGCAAGUUUAAGAACAGCGCGUUCUUCCCUGGCAGUCUCCGCAGGGUGAUUGGAGAUUUUGGUGUUCCCAUCUCUAUCUUCUUCAUGGUUUUGUUGGAUUAUAGCAUCAAAGACACCUUCACCCAGAAGCUGAGCGUGCCGGACGGCUUCAGCGUGACCAGUCCAGAGAAACGGGGCUGGGUGAUCAACCCGCUGGGCUCUGACGGUCAGUUCCCGGUCUGGAUGAUGGCUGCCAGUGUUCUACCUGCCCUGCUUGUUUUCAUCCUUAUCUUCAUGGAGACACAGAUCACCACUCUUAUCGUGAGUAAAAAGGAGAGGAUGCUGGUGAAGGGUUCUGGCUUUCAUUUGGACCUGUUGAUCAUCGUAGCCGUGGGUGGGAUCUCGGCACUGUUUGGCCUGCCCUGGCUGGCUGCUGCAACCGUGCGCUCCGUGACCCACGCAAAUGCCCUCACUGUCAUGAGUAAGGCUGUGGCACCUGGUGAUAAACCACGCAUCCAGGAGGUAAAGGAGCAGAGGGUGACUGGACUUCUGGUAGCGGUUCUUGUUGGUCUUUCCAUUGUAAUUGGAGACAUACUGAGGAAGAUCCCCAUUGCUGUUCUGUUUGGUAUUUUUCUCUACAUGGGGGUUAUGUCCCUCAACGGCAUCCAGCUGACUGAGCGAAUGAUGCUGCUUCUGAUGCCUCCAAAAUAUCACCCGGACCAUGUGUAUGUUCGGAAGGUGCGCACUCUACGCAUGCACCUUUUUACAGUCAUCCAGGUGGUGUGUUUGGCGGGGCUCUGGGCUGUCAUGUCCACUCAGGCCUCGUUAGCUUUUCCCUUCGUCCUUAUCCUCACCGUGCCCAUGAGGAAGUUCCUGCUGCCGAGGAUCUUCACCCAGCGCGAAAUGCAUUGUCUUGACGCGGACGAAGCAGAGCCCACAUUCAACAUGAGGGAAGGACAAGACGAGUACACGGAGAUGCACGUGCCGGUAUGACCUCCAUCAGGCCCACCCCUGACUGACGCGUAUCCUGAAUGAAUCGUGUGGAAUCGCGGACACAAUCCUAUAGACUUUUAAAUACGUCAUCUUUGUCAAAGGCUUUGACUAAUCAGUGGCUGUAAAAAGUUCUGUUCUAUGACCGUCAUGCCUAUAGAAGCAUUUUAUCACUUUGGGUCCAUCUUGAAUUUUAAUUGUUAGUAAAACUGUAUUUGCGUAUUUAACGGUUCCCAAGUUGUCAGUAUAUAGUUGUUUAUCCACAAGGUUUAGUGUGUACUAAGUGUGUACUAAGUGUGUACUAACACCCAGGUGUAUAUUUGUGUAUUAAGUUUGUAACGUGACAAUCCCCCCACUCAACCCUUCACCUUCCUCCCCCACAUGAAGCACUUUAUGACCAACCAUAAUGCUUUUGUUUUGUUGUUGUUUUUUUUUUCUUUCAUCGUUCUGAAACCAGAGUGAAAUCUGAUAUAGGCUGAACAGCUUCAAACAUCUGGAAAUAUUUAAGUUACAGAGCUGUUGUCAAGUUAUUUUUUCUCUCUUUGGACUAGCACUGAAAAGAAAGCAGUCGUUUUCACAAAAACUCAGUGUUCUUUAAAGACUCUAUACUUAAAUCUACUUGUGAAAAAUAUGCAAUUUUGUUUGACAUACACCAACUCCUAACCAACCAGGGGUGCUGAAUGUCACCUGGGUAUCUUCUUUUAGGACUAAUUCAGUAUGUAACUCUGGUUGGCUGUCAUUUGGAACCAGUGCUAAUCGAACAAAUUCCUUAUUGCAAAUACUAUAUUUCACGUGUCAUUUCAGUUCUUAGCAUGCAUACGCACACACGCACAAUACCACAUCCGGGUGACGUUUGCCGUCCUUGGCGGUUGUCCGGUGAUCACAGAACCACAGUCAUGUAUGUAUGUAACUAGUGUUUAUCAUCCUAUAUAUUGUUAUAUAUUCAAAGCCAAAUAAGUAUCAAGAGACCAGUGUAUAAAAAGCUGCAUUAUUGCUGUAGGGACUUUAUCCGUUCCCUAAAUAGGAAAAAUCAACGGUAGGCGUAGGCUUUGUGUAUCUUCUGUUUGUGUGAAUGAAUCUGCUGCAUUUUGAAAUAAGUGGCUACUGAAUAUAUAUUGAAUCAUGUCAAAUUAACAGUAGUAGUUUAGCACUACAACUGAAAGUGAUAAAGAAUGAUGGUACUCAACAUUGCCAGGUAGGUCAAUGAAUUAUGUUUUUAAAGGGUUCUGUGGAAUAGGCUGGCGAUGAUGAUGGGCCACAUUUAAUACUAUUUCAGGUUUUAAUAUAAAGAUAGGCAUCUGAUUCAAAUGUCCAUGUCUACACUAUUUUUUAAUGUUUAGUCUGUAGUGUGAUUCUUUAUUAAAAAAUAGUUUAAUAUCCAAAGAUGCAGUAUAAAGCUGAAAUCUUGAACAUUUCUGCAUGUUUUUGUUGUUUUUUGGCCUAAUUAUAUUUUUGUACUUUGUCUGUCAGCAAGUUCAGAAUUCUUUUAAACAUUUAAUGGACAAAAGAUAGGUUAAUUGUUACAAGUGCAAUCUGUCUUACAUUCCAACUAUAACACUCAAACUGAUUUUUUUUUUAUUUUUUUAAUUUAAAUCUUGAACAAAUGCUAUUGUACUUGUGUGAAACUGUACGUUUCCAUUUACUCUUGCCAAAAACACUUGUGUUACAAUCACUUGAGCUUAUGAUGUAGUGCCUUUUAAUAUGAUAUUGCUGUAAAGCGGGCCGGAUGAAACUGUGUAGUUGCUUUUGCUUGAUGAGCAACUGUAAAGCAGAAGUGACCAUUUGUUCUGGUGUGAAUGAUGGUGAAGAUGUGUGAUUUGACAUUAUGUGACCGUGUGAAAGCAGUAAGUCCUGUGUUUAGCUCUGUGUUUAUACACAGUUCAGACUCAAUAAAGCAACUUAGCAUUUCUACCCA